AGAAGAUCUGCUCAUGAUAAUCACUGGUGCUCUGCAUCGAGGAUCUUGCCCGGCUGGGCGAUGUUUGAAUAAAAGAAGCUGUGCGAAGCUACCAUGCUAUCGAUAAAAGGCAUUCAUUCUCCAACUCGACUGGAUCAUACAACAACGUACCCCUGCGAUCAUGUCUGGUGAAGAGCUGGACGUCAGUGUUUGCGUAUUUGGCCACGGCGACAGGCAACUUGACCUGAAGAUACGCCCUCGAUACCCUCGCUCUGGUAUGUCCAAUACGGAAGAGGCCGAGUGGAAGUACGUCUACCUUGAAUCCAUCUCGAAGAACAUCCAGCACAGCGGCCCGUGGGACUGCGAAUUCUGCGGCAAACCAGCCCGCGUCACACUUUCCUCGGUUGCCUCAUACCGAGACCGCCCAGAGGUCUACGUCUAUUUGCACGCCUUGUGCAGUGCUGAUCCAGGGCCGUGUAGGACCGCCUACAACACAAAGGAACGCGAGGCGGCAGAGCGCGCCGGCUACCCGAACUACGCUCCUUCGCCGUACCCACCCUUGAACGAUCCCGCCCGGCCAUACCCGCUCCUCGCGAGCUGCGCCGGAUGCAAGAAAGAUAGCACCGCCGACGUGGCGCCGUGGAACAAUGAAGGCCUCAUGCGUUGCUCCGGGUGCAAGCUGACCCGUUAUUGCGGGGUGUCCUGUCAGCGUCAGGACUGGCCAUCACACAAGAAAUUUUGCAAAGUCGCGGGACACCCGUCAUGGAAGGGAGAGGCGACCGCGAGUCAGGAAUGAGACCGGUACUGCUAUGUUGACAUGUUUAGCUUGCCUACGUCCACGUUCAAAAAUUUUCGUACACAGGCCGGACACGUAGUAUAUAAAUGUAUUCUCUGACAUGCACUAUGUAGCUCUGUGACCUGUUCCAGAAAUCUCAAUACCAAUACAUGAGUGGGCCGUU